AUGGACGGGUGCAGUCAUCCCGUAAGACUGGGCACAUUGUGCGGGGUAUGUGGAAUCGAAAUCCCUGAAGAUUCACACCUCUUCUGUGCACUCUAUAACACAGACAAUGUUAAGAUAACGCACAAAGAGGCUGUCUCAAUAUAUAAAGAAAAAAUGAAAACUUUAGAGACACAGAUGAAGCUGAUUCUGGUUCUUGAUCUUGACCAGACAAUUCUUCAUACAACAUACGGGGAAUCCAGGAUCCAUGGAACUGUGAGAUUUAUAAUGGAUGGGAGCAAGUACUGUGUGAAACUAAGACCAAACCUUGAUCAUAUGCUUCGGAAAAUUUCCAGGCUGUAUGAGAUUCAUGUGUAUACCAUGGGAACAAGAGCAUAUGCAGAGAGAAUAGUUGGGAUUGUUGAUCCUUCUGGAAAAUACUUUCAGGACAGAAUCAUUACAAGGGACGAGAAUGAAGGGGUUUUGGUGAAGAGGCUGAGCAGGCUCUUUCCACAUAACCACAAAAACAUAGUAAUCCUUGAUGACAGGCCUGAUGUAUGGGACUACAGUGAAAAUCUGCUUCUUGUUCGGCCGUUUUGGUAUUUCAACCGUACGGACAUCAAUGAUCCAUUGAGGCUGAAGAGAAAGAUAGAGGAAGAGGGAAGAACAUCUAGGGACUUGGAAGGGUUUGUGGACAAGAAAAAAAGAGUUGAGGAAAUUGAGGAUCCGGAGAUUGUCUCGAAGCUGGAUGAUAUAGUGCUUGAAUGCUCUUCUGGAUCCAAGGAGCCAAGGAAAGAUAUCGAAAGCACGGAAGAAAAAGAAGUAAGCAGAUGCUUGGAGGAUUGCGAGCUGUUAAGAGUGACAAAGGUGUUGAGGAGGAUUCACAAGAAGUACUUUUCAAGCAGCCACAGAAACGUAAAGAAGAUUCUGAGGAACAUCCGAAAAAAGAUUUUCGGUGGAGAUCGGUUUCUUGUUCCACCUGCCCCAAAUAGGAUGUGGCUUGUAAAAACAAUCGAAAUGAACGGAGGGACAGUAAGUUCUCUGGAGAACGAGGUUGACUUUAUAAUUUCUUCUAGCAAGGAGGAGGUCAAGGCCCUGGCACAGAAGCUUGAGUGUCUUGUUGUAUCUCCAAAGUGGAUAGCCGAUUGUGUGUAUUCCCUGAGGCGAGUAAGGCACGGAAGGUACAUUGUGUGCGACUAUAGGCCCAAGGAUGAAUACGAAGAAGAGCUUGAAAGGCUCUUUUCGUGA